AUGAUAGGAACUGUGUACCAUGGCGUUGCUCAAAACAUGUCUAAAGCACAAGAAUUCCACGAACUUGCGUUAGAUCUUUCGCGAAGAUAUAAUUCUACCAAUGAAAUAGCACUCUCUCUGCACUUGCUUGGAAUAAUUCACCGUUACCAGAGAAAUAUGGAUACUGCGCGAAGGUACCAUGAAGAUGCCGUGGAACUGGGCCGAAAGAUAUUUUCACCAAAGAACAAUGGGAGAUUAGCAGCAUUUUUAUUAAAUUUGGCCGUAGUUUACAAUCGUCUUGGGCAGCUAGCGGUGGAAGAAGCUAGACUUGUGUAUCAGGAAACAUUGAAGUUAACUAGGAAACAAUAUGGAUCGCGUGAUGGACGAGUAUUAAACACCUUGUCGACUAAUUAUUAUGCUUUAGGAAAGUAUGACGAAAGCAUCGAAGCUUUGUUAGAAGCAUUAAGUAUUCAUGAAGAAACUCACGGUGAUUAUCAUCCCAACGUAGCAGAAACAUUGUAUUUCUUAGGAUUUACAUAUCGUGUUAAAGGAGAACUCCAAAAUUCCAUUCAAAUGUUGACUAAAUCUCUGAAAAUAAGACAGCAGUAUUAUGGAGAUCAGCAUUAUCAAGUUGCUGAAGUAUUACAUGAUAUUUCUAAUACACAAAGAGAAUUAAGCCUACUGGAUGAUGCCUUACAAAAUGCUGAAAGGUGCGUUGAGAUAUUGCGGGACAAACUAACGGAAAAUAGUGCAGGAGUUGCUGUAUCAUUAAACGGUCUCGGACAUAUUUAUCUUGCUCUCGGUGAUCCAAAUGUCGAUCGCUAA